GUUGUAACGAUUAAGCGGCCAGCGCCAUGGGAUAACGCGGAGGUGCCCUUGUCGGUCAGUGAAUGUAGCACACGGCGCCGCUUUUAUUUCUUCUGCGGAGAAUCUAAUCCAUCAGGAACACGUAACGUAACACCAUCGUCAACAGUGUUCCUGCGUUGAUUCGCCGAGUUACCUAUUCCGGAAGAACGCUGCUCCCACUGGUACUACAUCGAAUGAGACGGGUGCCGGUGGGUCAAAACUGUAUCUCACACGGUUGCUUGAUUUGUUGUGUGAAUAUAGCCAGUGUACCACACUUCACCGCUCUGGUGUUUACCAGAGGGUGAUUGAUUUCCUGAUUGUGGUGUCGUAGCCGUCUACACAAUUAUGUGUGGGUAGUUGCUGGAGCCCUGCUUUCACGAACCGUGUAGCGGUGGAUACGCCUGGCUUUGGCACGGUUCGUCCGAGGGACGCGCACACAGAAGUCUUGCCGACAUUUUUUAAGGAUGUUUUUGAAACUGUUGUUCGCGCUAGCUACCGUCUCCUGGAAGUUCGCCUUCACGCCGUAUAAGAGAUGAUCUGUGAAUGUACAACCAUUAUUGAGAUUGGAAAGUUGUAGAGGUUUAUCACGCAGUUGGCAUAUGGGAUACUACCUUUGGGUUUCGAUGCCAGUAGACGUGCCCCACACUGCCCGUCCACAAACAGUAGAGUCUCCAUUCGGUGGCCUCACCUGACCCUCAUCUGCCUCGUUACCGCUUAUCGCACACAGGCGGUUCGCAGCGGAUUUAGGACGUGACACUGGAGAACAGUGCGGUGGUGGAGGGGUGACGAGACUCGAUUUAUCCAGUGUGAAAGUGGUAUGGUGUCAGCAUACGCAGUCGUGAACCCGGAAGAAUUGUAGUGACGAGCGGUGUGCUGCAGUCAUGUGUUUAUGUGUCGUGGAUAGACGCUACAGUGACGUGAGGACUAACCGUAAUCGUGUGGCAGUUGACGCACACGCCCUUCAUGUGGAUUGUAUUCCGCAGCUGCCUGUAUCCGGUCAUAUUACCGCUGCCCUCGUGUGGCAAUUGUCUUACCAUGUUUCGAAUAUGAAACGGUAAAGAGUGCAAGAAAGGUUUCGUUGUCUGCAUGAUCGCCGGAACCCAAAGUCUUUAACGCACACGUGGGUGUGAGUGCAGCUGGGUUUGCAGCCACUAGACGCGCGAUGGAUAUCCCUGUCGGUCUGGACCGUUUUCUGUUUUCGAUUCAGUUCCAGGAGACAACGUCUCAGAAAGUAUUGAUGGACACGGCUAUCGAUGGAGACCAUCAUCAACAGUGCAGUGGGAACUGGCGGUCGACACGGCAGCCGUGUAAAGUUCAUCUCCCUUGUGGCGAACAGGCCGACCGUGAUAAUGUCAACCACGUGGCUUUUAGUGGGACGCCUGAAGCUGGGUUCGUGAUGGAGGACGUAGCCACCAUUGCCGUUCGCUGACCAUACUGGACGCGUGGGUUGCGGUGAGCUGUGUCACUUGAACCGUAGAAUUCGUCUUGGGAAGACCGCAACAUAGGUGGCGAACUCAAUCAAUGGAUAGUUCAACACAUGUGGCUAGUUUUUCAAUGUUUUGCGCUUUAUGUUGUCGGGUGCCAUGCAUGUCGUCGCAUCGCCCCCACACUCUCCCCGAGGCCUCGGGUGACUGCGUAACUGGCCAGGACGGUGACUCCAUAGGUGGACCAUUUGUUCGGCGAUUGUUUGAGAUUUGGUUCGUCACGUCAGUCUAGUUUUCGGUAGCUUGUUGUCCCUGCGUAGGAGGCGAAUGUGGG